AUGGCUUUAAUAAUUGAAAAUAUUUUCCUAAUCUUCAUAUUCUCAUCCAUAUUUGGCAUCUUCCGAUCAAUCUUCUCAAUAAUCGAUUGGCAAACUGUUACUGAGAAGACAUUGAUGAUCAUUCCAACUGACAUCUCAUGUCCUGCCAACAGCUCCUUUCCUCAUUUCCUAUCAUUCCUUCUAUGUUUCUUCACGUUUUUAUUAAUAUUAGAAAGAGUUUAUGCGACACAUAAUUAUCGUUCAUACGAAUAUACAAGUUGGAUGAAAAUAAUAAAACAGCUCUUUCUACUCUCUUGGACUCCAUUACCGUUCAUAAUAAUUCUGAACAUUUCGUCAUUUCUUCAAGCCAAAAACAAUUUCCAUAUAUGCGAAGUGAUUGAACUCAAUAGAACUGUCUAUCAACGUAAUACAUGGAUCUUCCUCGUCUUCUUCUUCAACGCCAUUUUCUCAAUCAUAUUCCUUCAUUUGUACCAUAAAAAUGUUGAACACGAACGCAACUAUGUGCGUUUUCAUUACUCCACGUUAUCCAUCCGAUUUCAGAUGAAAGAAAAUCUUUCGACAAGCUUAUUCAUGACAAAAGCAAACUUUCUAAUUUCAUUUUUCUUUUUACUUGCCAUUCUAAUUGAUUAUAAAUUCAUUCAAAAGCAAUUUCCUUUCAUGGAUACAUUCAUAUAUCGUGAAACCUGGUAUUUAGCUAUAACAGCGCUCCAUUUGGUGUUCCCCACUUUCCUUCUAUUUAAUCAUUCAAAAAUUUAUUUGAAAUUCAAGAAAUGGUGGUUCACUCGUCUGAAUAUCUAA